AUGGCGGAGGCGGAGGCAGAAGGCGGCCCCUGGUGGUUGGCGGUGGCGAGCUCGGCGCAGCUGACGGCGGGGAUUGCGUGGUACCGUCGGGGAUACAACGGGAGCGGCAACCCGGCGCUGAUGCCCGUCAAGGCCUUCUUCGUCGCCUCACUCUUCGUCGGCGCCGGCGCAACCGCCGCCUUGGUGGCCGUUCGCGCCGCCGGCAUGCGUAGGGUAAUUGGAAGCGGACGCCCGGGCGGUCGAUCGGCGAUACAUAAAUUCUGAUUGAAUGGACGCCGGUGAUCUCGCAGGUGGAGGACAUGAAGGAAGCGGGGGAGAGCUUGAGGAGGUGGCUCGGGGCUCCGGAGAAACGCGGCGGCAGUAGCGGCGGCGGCGGCCGUGCUCCGACGGCGACUGUCGCAUAA